GUUCUAUUUUCGUAACGCGGCUUGCACUGUUUUUCCCGCUGCCGCGUUGUUCCCGCCAUAUAUUCAUAUCGGAAGAUAAAUUAUUACACCAGUGCAAGUGCAAUGUCGUUCUUAUUUACUGAAAAAUUAAUCGAAUUGGUAAAAAAAUACCCAAUUUUAUAUGAUUUGGGUACAAGAAUAUCAGGAAAAGGGACAAAAUAUGGGACCAAAUUGGCGCCGAAUUGAAUGAAAGUGGCGAGGAAGUGAAGAAAAGAUGGAAAAAUUUGAGGGAUUCGUAUGCGAAAUAUUUAAAAUGUAUUAAAACGAAAACAGGUCAAAGUGCAAAGAAAAACUACAGCAAAUGGCAAUGGCUUCACUGAUGGAACCAUUUAAACCAUUUUUGGCAUUUGCUAAAACAGAUUCAAAUAUUACUGGUCCUGUUGAUAUCAGUGAAUCUCUUGAUGAAACUAUAAGUGAAAAUAUAAAUGAAACCCAAGAAACAUCUGAUUACUCUAGUCAUUUAGCAAUCGAAUCAGAAAAUAUUAUUGAACAGCCUCAAACAAACGAAGAAUAUAGAGCAUUUGAAAAUAUCAAUGAGGAAAAAAAUACAUAUCAUGUAAAAGCAUCAUUGUUAUCUACACCAUCAACUUCCAAACCAGUUAUUCGAAAAAAAGCCGGAAGUAAUAGAGUAUGCAAAAGGUCGAGUCCCUCGGAAGAUACUGCAGCGGGAACGGUACUUGACUAUCUGCAAAACAAAAAAAAACAAAAAAACGACGAACUAACUCCCACAGACAUGAUAUUUUUGGGAUACUCUCAAACCUUGCAAACAUUUUCACCAAGAAGACAAGCCCAAACAAAAAUGAAGAUUGCUGCAAUCAUGACAGAACAAGAAUGUUUGCAUCUUGAAGGACUGACAGCAAAUAAUCAGGUAAAUUCUGGCGGGGACACAUAUAUACCACCAUCAUCGCUUUGCUUACAUCAUAUAUACUUUGCAAGAAAACAUCUACAGAGAGCCUUUGACCAAUUUAACCAAUUUAACGACCUUGAAAUCACCAGAAGGAACCAGUUCAAUACCAUCAGCAGCAAAUUUCUCGCAGUAUGGCAAUAGCCAUUUAAUAUCAACAGAGGAAAGUAGUGACUAUUCAAUAAUGACACUUUCUCCAGAAGCACAUUCAACAGCAAACUUUUUC